AGGGCUGGAUGGGCUUUUUCAUGAAGUCAACAGGCGUCCCUGAGAAGGUCAUUGAGGUCAUGGCACACGCAGGGCUAUCCGUCAGCCUGUCCACCAUAUAUAACAUGGUGACAUCUAUUUCGAAGGAGAUCAGCCGUGACAUCAAAAGGGAAGCAUUCGCAUACGACAAUUUUGAUAUCGCCUUCAACGUUGCCCAGCCAACACUCGAAAAACCGCUCCUCCUUUGUCAGUGCAACAUCCGCCACUGUGAUUCACUAUAUGGUUUGUGGGCCUCUGAUCCAAAGAAUCCGUACACCUACAAUCGGCAAACGAAUCCAACACAGCUGAGUGGACGAGAGGAGGCUUUUGCAUGGCAUAUUCGCGCCAUCCUUGUCCAACACAAUCAAAACUUCAAGCACUUUGCAGACAACUUGAUGAGCCUGAAACCAUCCAGAGGAUACCUAUACACAAGACCAAUCAGAUUCCCUGCCGCUCGAUGACACAGACGGAAACGUUGAAGAUCUUGGAGAACUUGUUUCACGCAGGGAGGUAUCGGGGACAAGAGCGAGGUCAACUGUCGAUGCAGAACACGAUGUUGACAUGACAGAACAUGUAAUUCUGGUUCAUGGAGACCUAUUAACAAACAGGAGCGUGUCGACAGCUGUGCGGAACAGCCGAAAAAUCGAGCACACACCGAAAAAUCGUCUCCAGUACGUUGUAUUCCUCCCAGGACUCUUUCACUACAAGAUGGCGUGUGCGGAUGCAUUGUGGCGCACGUACAUUCAUUCCAAAGGAAGGGCGCGAGGAUGAGAAUAGCCUCUAUCAGCACAUUGGGAUCCUUCGACCACGACAUCUGGGCAUCAAUGCUUGACUGCUUGGCGUCUUGAAGCAGAGAGCCG